AUGCUCCCGCACGUCGAAGACGUCGGCCCUGGCAGGCACAAGAAGACGGGAGCUGCGAGGAAGAAGGAGGGCAACCUCCUUCCUCGCAGCUUCCUCCUGGUGUCGCUGGACGCCUCCAAGUGGGCGGGCAGCGGCGCGAGUCGCGCCGCUGCCUCGUCCACGACGGUGCGCGCGUGGGGGGUCAUGGAGCUCGCGGCCUGCGACUCCGUGGACCCCGCCACGUGCUCGCACCCAGAGGCGCAGGGGUUGACCUCCGACGCCGAGCCGCUGUGCUGGCGCAUUUCACGCUUCGCCGCGGUCGACGGGAGUCCGAAGACGAUCCCGACCGACAGCGCGAAGUCGUGGCUCCAAGUGUGCAACUUGGAU